AUGUAUUUUGGCCAGUGUACCACGCUAAGUGGACUGGCCUCCGAGCCAUACCAGUGGCCCUUCUUCCUAAGAAAGCAAACGUUCAAAACAUCUGCUCCCGUUUGUCAUGAUUUCGGUGUUUCAUCUUUACUGCUCGUGGGUUUCUCCGCGGGUGAGAUUCAUAUGAUUGAUCCAUUCCACAAAGAACCUUGCAAAGUCUUCAACGAAGAGUUUUUGGUGGCUCAUACAAGUGGACACAUGUACCUCUACAGCGAAGAACUUCCCUGCUGUCCUACUCCUCCUGUCUAUCAGCUGUUCAAAAGGGGCCCUAGCUAUGUUGUAUACACUUGCAAGACGAAAUCCACCUGCAACCCCCUUUACAAUUGGGCCCUCACAAAUAUCCUCGCUGACUCCGUACAGUCCAAAAUCUCCGAAGAUUGCGACGUUUCUACUGCUCCCCUCUCAUCCAUUAAUCAGUUCUCAUUUUCUACCUGUGGAAAGUAUCUGGCUGUUGUCAGUGAGGAUGGUUACCUUCGCGUCUUCAGCUACCAUCAAAUGCAGUUAUAUGGUUUCAUGCGCUCCUAUUUUGGCGGUCUCACGUGCGUGGAUUGGUCGCCAGACGGCAAGUACGUUGUCGUCGGUGGACAAGAUGAUCUAAUUACCAUUUGGUCCUUCAGCGCCCAAGCUGUGAUUUGUCGGGGUCAGGGCCAUAAGUCGUGGACCAGUGUGGUUCGUUUUGACCCUUUUGUCUACCCUCCUUCUCUCUGCAAUGGUACUGCUGUAAUGCGAGACCUUGCAACGAGCUCGGAUCGACUCUCUCCGAACGGGGAUCCGCACCAACACCAUUCCUCUCCAUCCGCUGAUAGUGACUCAGCCUUCCGUACUUAUCGUUUGGGUUCGGUCGGUCAGGACACAUUUCUUUGUCUCUGGGAGCUGACAGAGGACGUCAUUCGUCAGGGCCUCCGUUUCUCCUCUCAUUUCCAUCAGUCCACAGGCAACGGGCGUCAAAAUUUGGGAGGACUGCCCACCUUUUCUGCUUCCAACUUCACCUCUGCCUGUACCGAUGGCUCAAUGGACGGGUUAGAGAAAAUCCGCUCUAUUCCUCGUAAUAGUGGUGGUGGUGGGGUCAAGCGCAAGCCCUUCCUCAGUAGCUUCCGCUCAUCGUUACCACUUACUUCGCGGCAUUCGGAGCAGAGCGAUGCAUCUGGCAAGUCCUCCGUCGUCUCGGAUAACUGUUGCCACUCCACCCUCGGUGAUAAACGUCCUGCGGAUGGAGUUAACGGAAAUAACCUAUCUGCCGUUUUGUCUAGGGAUCUCCUGGGAACUCCGAAUUGUCCGCGUUUGUCGGACGUGCCGAUUUUAGAACCCUUUGCCAAAUUCGGCAUCACCAGCGACCUGAUCACGGACCUGGUCUUUCGAGAAGACAGCAUCAAUCUCGCCUUUCAACAGGGCGUCACUCUUACCUACACUCGGCCCGAAGAAUCUCAUCGCUCCUAG